AUCCAUGCGAUACUACUAAGCAUCCGACUAAGUAAGGCAAGUUCAGUACUUCACCUUCAAAAGCCCUCAAGCGUUUUUCAAACAGCAAAAGCACGUUAAGCACGGUACCACCCGUCUGCGGUCUUCAGCCAUUCCACGCUACAGCCACCGACCCACUGGCCGCCGUCAACUUUCCGCCUUCAUUAAAUGCCUAGACAGACAAAACAUUGAGAAGUAUUCACGCUGUGAGUUGGGUUUAAAAGACUCAAAGAAGUAACUGAUCUAUAAUUGAUGGCAUUGAGACGAGCACUUGGUUGGUCUGAUGGUGAGCUCAUGCGGUCAGAUGCAAAGCCAUGCUCGAGAUUAAUGAGACAGACUGCUGGCAUUUUUACAGUUGGUGGAGCUAUGGGUUUCUGGAUUUUGUGUAGAUUACAUUAUGGACCCAGAGUAACAAUUCCUAGAAGUCUAAGAUGGGCAGCUUGUGGGGCUGUUUCUGUUAGCUCAACCACGGCUCUUCUGGUUCGCCUCUUCAGUCCUGAAUGUGAACCUCAAAACAUAGCUGCUUACGACACUAAAAAAUGAUCCUACACUUUAAUCCAAUUGAAUUUCAUGUCAUGUAGAAUCAUCUUUCAAGUUCAUACAUCAUUGCUUUCUAAAAUGCAUACAUUGCAUAGUACGUGCCUUUACUUCUUUCUGUUGGAAAUCCUUAUAUCUGUGCGACUGUUUCACUACUAGUGACUUGUGAGUUGUGACUCAAAAGAGGAUUGGUAUUAUAUAAUGUGGCCUUUGUCUUUUGGGCUGCGCACAUAAGAUUUUUGUGGAUAUAUUUGCAAAAAAUUGAAUAAAAUAAUUUUUUUUAUAUACAAUUCUCAAAAUAAGUUUCG